AUGCGUUAUGCUGCCCCGCCACUCGACAAUCUGAGAUGGAGAGCCCCCGUUGAACCUGUCCCGACUCCGACUGGGACCGUGGAGGAGGCCAUGACGUAUGGUCCAAUAUGCCUCGGGAAUGACCUGGCGUAUCCCGUGCAAGGGCAGAGCGAAGACUGUCUGUUUGUGAAUGUCUGGGCACCGACGAAUGCCACAGAGAGGUCGAAGCUGCCGGUGUGGGUGUUCAUUCAGGGCGGUGGAUACGGCCACAACGCGAACUCCAACUGGGACGGCAACGAAGUGGUUCAGCGGUCUGGUCACAAAAUUGUCAUGGUCAACUUCAACUACCGGGUCGGCCUCUGGGGCUUCCUUGCGAGCGAGCGGGUGAGGAAGGACGGGGCUCUGAAUGCGGGUUUGUUGGACCAGCGGAUGCUGAUGAAGUGGGUGAAGACACACAUUGCUUCGUUUGGCGGAGAUCCCGACCACGUCGUCAUCCACGGUGCCUCGGCAGGCGCCGGUUCCGUGGCCACGCACAUGGUAGCCUAUGGCGGGCGCAACGACAACCUCUUUGUCGGGGCUAUGUCACAAGCCAACUUCUUCCCUGCCCAGCCCUUUGUUGAGGAGCUCGAAUACCAGUUCGACAGGGUGGUGAGCCAAACUGGCUGUGACAAGCUGGAUCCAUCCCAGCAGAUAGGUUGUCUCCGGGGCAAGGACGUUGCCGUGUUACAAGCCGCCAACCACGCACAAGCAUUCCCCGGGCGCCCCGGUCCGCCCAUGCCUCUGUUCUACUGGACUCCGUGUGUUGACGGAGACUUCCUCCGCGACCUCCCCUAUCGCCUGUUUGAAAGGGGGCAGUUCAUCAACGUGCCAGUGGUAUUCGGAACAUCCACAGACGAAGGCUCCGUCUUCGUCUCCAACGCCGCCACACCCGACGACGUCUCCCUCUUCUUCCUCAACAACUACCCCCCUCCUCACCGCCAACGACACCACCUCCAUCCUCGCCCAGCCUUUGGCGAAGCCACCUUCAUCUGCCCGUCACUCAACGUCCUCACCCACCUCCACCGCCACUCCCACCCGCAACAUCACCACCCCAACACCCCCAGCCAACCCACCAACCAAACCACCACCCUCGAGCACAGAAAAUCCAGCAUCUACACCUACCGCUACAACGUCCACGACGCCUCCAACCUCGCCGCCGGCCUCGGCGUCCCCCACAUCUUCGACUCGGCCGCCAUCUUCGGGCCCGACAACGUCGGCGGCGGCUACCUGGCGCGGGCCAGCUACAAGACGUACAACGCCGCGGUGGUGCCGCUGGUCAUGGGGUACUGGAUCAGCUUCGUGCGCGCGCUGGACCCGAACGUCUUUCGCGUGCCGGGGGCGCCGAGGUGGGAGGUUUGGGGUGGAGGUGGGGUUGGGGAUCGGGAUGGGGAGGGGGAUGGGGGGAGGUUGGUGGUGGAGACGGAGGGGGCGAGGAUGGAAAGGGUGGGAGGGGGGGAGAGGGGGAGGUGUGCUUUUUGGGAGGGGUUGGGGGGUGGGAGGAUGAGGCAGCGGUAG